GCGCGCUUUCUCGAGGUCACCGCGCGCCAAUUUGGACUCCACAGACCCCAAAUGAAGGACAACCCCCUUCCGUAAAGCUGCUCUCUUACAACGAGGCGCUACAACCUGUUCGACUGAAUGCAUCGCGCUGGCUCCCGCGCCAUCUCGGCGCGCGCCGUGAGCGGCAGCAGAGCGCCCGGCCUGGGUCUUGGUCGGAACCUCGGUCUUUCUGCAGCAUGCCGCCAUGCCUCAAACACUACGCAGAGAUGUACUCGGCUACAGUAUCCGAGUGACAGCCUUGUUCACCGGAAAUGGUCUCGUCUGUACAGCUCCUCAUCCCCUGCCGCUGCCGCCGCGAGCCCCGAUACUCCAAACCCCCCACAAGAGCCACAGCCACCCAUGCAACCGCCGGAUGAACCAAAUGCACCAUUCUCGGCACAAGAUGUGUCCCAAUCCCCGCUUCAAUCAUCCAGGAGAUCGCAACGACGUGGCCUUCGAACGACAACAUCAUACCCCCCGGUGGACCUGCCCACUUGGUUUUUGGAGAAUUACGUGACCCUGCGCGGCGAAGGACUCGGCUAUCCCGAUGACUAUACAACAUCACUACAGCUUGAUCCGAUGUUUAUGCGUUUAGUGGAGGAGAGAGAGAAGUUAAAGAAGCUGCAGAACAAAGAAGACGACUCUCGUCUUGAAGAAUAUGUGGCAAAUUUCAAAAAGGCGGCAGAUGCUAUACAAUCACACCAGCCGUCAGAGCUCUCUCUCCUACAAAAUAUUAGAAUGGCAGAGGAAAUGGGUGAGCUUGUUGUGCUUGCCGGAUACGAGACAUAUAAUCUUGCUCAGGACAGGGACAUGCAACGAAUGGUACAGGAAAAGAGAGAGCAUGAAAGGGCAAGCAACAAAAUGAGGCUACUCAAAAACCUCCAAGACCGGACACAUCGCAGUCUGACGCGCCAUGCCCAGACCUAUCUCUUACAGGACGGUAUCGACCUGGAAGAUGAUGGUUUCAAGACCGCCGUCGCUGCCGAGUUGACCGCGGCAGCUAGCCUUGCAUCAAAAACCCUGCCUGCUGGCUCACGCCGACCCGUUCCUGUUCUGCAAAUCGAACGCUCUGCGGGGGCCCCACUGGCAAGAGCAGUCGUUGAGAAGGCCGCCUUGCAAAAAGGGGCAGAUGUGAUCCAUCUUGAUGCUCACGUCCUGGCAGAGAUAAUCGGCAAAUAUCUGGGACAGGAUCCAUACAUGAACAAGGGGCCAUAUACCAUGCUCGGCUUAAAUGUAGAGACCAUCAACAGUCGAGUUAUGCUGACGCCCGCAGGCUCUUCGCUGCCGCCUGUUGGAGGAAAUGAUGGCGAUUCGGGGGUUGAUCCAACGGCAGGUACCGAAUCCGUCGUGGUUGGCCCAGAAGCUUUCAAGACCCUCCGGAGGCUAUUCCAUGGCGAUUCGGACAGCAAACCAGACGGGAACCGCUGGGACGAUCUGAAACUUGGUCACAUCUUGGAGCAGAUCCUGAACGCACCCGAGAUCAAGCGCAGCACUACAUCACUGCCGUCGAGGGAUGAGACUAGGCCAAGUGUUGUCCACCUCCACAACUUCAAGGAGCUGCUCAAGAUUAAGGAGGGCUCGUUCAUAGUGUCCAAGUUGCGAGCCACUGUUGACAGAUUGUUGCGAGAACAAGGCAAGCAUAUCGUGCUAGUAGGUUCCACGAUCCCUAGAUCCGGACGCGUGACGCCGACGGACUUCGGCAAGAUGGUCAUGCAUGCUAGCUCCGAUCUCGAGAUUCACGAAUAUCUCUUCGCCCCACUGAUACCGGAAGAAGUACAACGUCGAGUCUCGGCGGAUACGAUGAAACAAAUAAACCUGACAAAUCUGGCCGUCCUUAUGGAAGCCAUGCUGGGCGAGGAGGUCACCUUCCGGCUGAAUCACCAAAUGAUGGCGGUUUCUGAAAACCCUGCAAAUUUUGAAAGGACCAUCUUGGGUCACACCAUGCUGUACAGGCUUGCCACAUGGCUGAUUUCCCGACAAGGGGGCGGACAACCUAAGAAGGUGUACGAACAAGAUGACUUGUAUGCCGAAUUGUCUGAAUGGCAACAGAACUUCGACAAUGAUUUCCGCAGGAACUUUGGCCACCUGCAAGGCGGCAAGGACCCCAAAAAUUCCAAUGGUGUCGAGUCUAGUAGUCUUGGCGGCGAUACAACAAAAUUGGGUGCACUACGCGGACUUUUUGAAGUCCACGGUGCAGAUGAGGGCCAAGGGAACGAGGAAUACGACAGGUACGAAGAGCAGCUCCUAACCGGGCUGGUCAGAGCCGAAGACAUCAAAACCACUUGGGAAGAUGUGGUCUGUUCUCCCGAGACCAAGGAGUCUAUUCAAGCCAUGACGUCGUUGGUACUCACCCGCCCACAGGCUUUCUCGUAUGGUGUUCUCGCCAAGGAGCGCAUGCAGGGAUGCCUCUUAUACGGACCGCCAGGGACGGGUAAGACGCUCAUGGCCAAGGCCGUUGCCCGCCAGUCGGGAGCCAACGUCCUCGAGAUCAGCGCCGCCUCCAUCAACGACAAGUAUCAUGGUGAGAGUGAGAAGCGUGUUCGGGCCGUCUUCUCCCUUGCCAAGAAGAUGUCGCCUGCCGUCAUCUUUCUGGAUGAGGCCGAUGCCCUUCUCGGCUCCAGGUCACACAGCACGGGGAGAGGUGGAUUCAGGGAGACGUUGAACCAGUUCCUCAAGGAGUGGGACGGCCUCACCGAGAUGAAGACCUUUGUCAUGGUGGCCACCAACCGCCCCUUUGACCUCGAUGACGCCGUGCUGCGUCGCAUGCCCCGCCGCGUCCUUGUAGACCUGCCCCUGAAGGAGGCUAGACUCAAUAUGCUACAGGUGCUCCUGCGUGACGAGCGUCUCGAUGGCUCGGUAAACCUCGAGGAUAUCUCAGCUCGUACAGAGAUGUGCUCUGGCUCCGACAUCAAAAACAUAUGUGUCGCCGCCGCCAUGGAGGCCGUCAAGGAUGAGAUCAAGGCUCGUGACAACAGCACAGACCCAGACUCCCACGUGUUCCCGGAUCACAGAACCCUGACCGCCGACCACUUUGAGCGCGCUCUGAAGCAGAUCAGCGCCAGCAUCAGCGGCGAUAUGGACUCGCUCAAGGCCAUCCGCAAGUUCGACGAGCGCUUCGGAGACGCCCAGGGACGCGGCAGCCAAAAGGCCCGCAACACCGUGGGCUUCGCUGUCGGUGCCGUGCCUUCCCGGUCGGGAGAUGCGCGUGUCCGUCGCAUCGACUCUGCAUAGGUAGUGAAAGGGAAGGGUUUGGCUUGAUAUUCUUUUUCUUCUCC